AUGGGUUUACCAAAGAGGUGGCUGGAUUAUUGCCCUGUUGGACAGAGGAUACCAGGAACCAGAUUUAUUGCAUUCAAAGUGCCUUUAAAACCAUCAGUUACCUUUCAGGGUCCCAAGUCCCACUCUUUUGACUUGUGGGAUUUGUUGGAUUCUGUGGAACGUCAGAACCAGGAGCUGGGUCUGAUCAUUGAUCUUACCUUCACCACCAAGUACUACAAAUUGUCAGAUGUCCCACAGUCCUGUUGUUACAUCAAGAUCUUAAUCGAGGGCCACAGAGUUCCAUCUGACGCUGCCAUCCUGAGCUUCAAACGAGCUGUGAGGCAAUUCUUGAAGGAGAAUGAAAACAACGACAAAUUAAUUGGAGUCCACUGUACCCACGGCCUGAACCGCACAGGGUACCUGGUCUGCAGAUAUCUGAUAGACGUAGAUGGACUCCGUCCUGCAGCUGCUCUGGAGCUCUUUAACUCCUACAGAGGCCAUUGCAUUGAGAGGAAAAACUACCUGGAUGACCUGCUGAGAGGCACUAAGAGAAGCAACACUGACAUAGAUAAGCCAGAGACGAGUGCACGUAGAGGGCUUGCAAUGCAGAAAUUAUCACAGGGAGCAAAAUCAGAAGGGCAACGACCAGAGACUGUCACUGCAGUACAGACGAGUCAGUGUUCUGAGAAUAACUCAGCGAAGAAUAAACAAACUAAUGAGAAACAAUCAUCUAAAAGACGCAAACGCAGACCCAAGCGACCCUCAAAGGUGGAUCAAAAGUCCUGUGAUCGAUCUGGAAUGGAUGGACUUCCAUCCUCACCUCGACUCUUAAGCAUGAUGGAGCAGGAAUAAACAAACCACGGUAUCAAAGUUCUUCAUUUGAUCGGACAGAAUUCAGUGAGCAGAAACAGCAUCAUUUUUGGGUUAUUGCCAUUUUUGAAGAUAAAAAAUCUCCCCUUUUGAGUCAUAAACAAGAAAAUGAGUGAUGUAACCAAAUCCGUGAAAGCAGAUUUAUUUAGCUCAACCAUUUGAAACGUUUUUUUUAGCAAACUGGAAACUAUAGAUGAAUUAUCAGCCUCUAACACUCUUAUUUUGGUAGCAUUGCUUGAAAUUGUGGCCAUGAUAACCAAUGGGAACGAUUGUUAAAAAGGUUUUUAUAAAAUGUCAUUGAAUACAUACAACUGCAGUCAGUUUGCAAAUUAAAUAAAUGCUUUGUGGUUUUACUUUAAUUAAUUUAGCAAUUUAAUAAAGUUUGUCAAACGUU